AUAAAUGCCCGCGUAAAAUGCUUACAGUGUAUAACAAAACAUCUGCUCGCUAUUUCAAAUUGUUUUUAAAUUCAUGUUUUAAUAACACCUUUGAAAUAGUAUUCAAGUAAAAAGUUAUAGUUUAAUUAGAAGGUUUUUUUAAAAUGAGUAUUACGCCCACCAAACAGAAUGCUGCUAAAGUAAGACGUACAAGAUCAAGUUCCAGUGUGAGUAGCGUAGACGAUGUUGUUUUGGUGUCAGUUCCUGAUUCGGAUGAUGAAAAUAAAUCGGCUAGGGGACGACAAGUUCGAAGAUCUGCACGCAAACGCAGUCCACAAAAGAAAUAUGCUAAAGAUUACAUAGUGGAGGGCACAAAAAAGCGUAUUAAAAGAACUGCCCACAAUGAUGAAACGGAGGAGGACGAUGCAAGUGAACAGAGUGAUGAAGAUUAUAUACCAAAUGCUGCAGCGCGACCAGAAAUUGCAGAUAUACAAAUUUUACAAGAGGCUGAAGAUGUAGCCGGAAAGAGUUUAUAUGGUUUUCAUACACCGAAAAAGCGAAAUGGCAUGGCAUUGGCUGCUUUAAAUACACCAAAAACGCCAAAAACACCAAAAUCUGUUAAGACACCGCGUGCUUCAACAUCACAAAACCACACAAAAACGCCGGACUCUAGAAGGCGAAAAUCCAUAGCAGAACCCAAAACCCCAUCACAUGUGCGCAAUCGCGUUAAGAAUGAAAUCUCUAAACUAUUAGAAUCUGAUUCAGACUUCUCUGCGACUGGCAGUGAUUAUAUGCCAACAGAUAGUGAAAGCGACAGUUCGUCUAGUGGUGAUGAAGACGAUGCUGCCGAUGAUGAAUCGAAUACACCGCAAAAAGCUCGACGUCCCAUAAUAGUACCAGUGUUACCAAAAACCCCUUCCGCUGCACGUUCACGACAAACGGCGCGUGCUAAAAAGUCCUCUGCCGACUAUGUACCUGAAAGUGAUGGCUAUUUUCAAGCGCAUGCUAGCACCAAAAUACUCACUUCCGAUCACACACUUGAUCGAUUGAAAAAUCCACGGCUGCCAGCUGAUCGCUUGUUCAGUUUACUUAAUGAAAUGAAACCAACCGCCGAACAUGAAGAUGCAAUCAACGCCAUGAUGGAAGAAUAUCGUUCAUAUUUCCCAAAAUGGUUAUGUAUAUUGCAUGAAGGCUAUAGUUUAUUACUAUAUGGUUUGGGCUCCAAACGUCAGCUACUGCAAGCUUUUCAUCGCGAAGUACUCGCUGACCAGCCGGUAUUGGUUGUGAAUGGUUUCUUUCCCAGUUUAACACUAAAGGAUAUUUUAGAUAGUAUUGUUGGUGAAUUAUUAGAUUGUAAUGCCACGAUCGCUCCCUCGAAUCCACACGAAGCGGUUGACUUGAUUGAAGAGGAAUUAUCGUAUACACCAAGUACGCAUAUCUAUUUGAUAGUGCAUAAUUUGGAUGGCAGUAUGUUGAGGAAUACCAAAGCGCAAGGCAUUUUGGCACGUUUAGCUAAACUAAAACAGUUGCAUUUAUUAGCAUCUAUAGAUUACAUCAACACGCCACUGUUAUGGGAUCACACGAGGUUAAGUAAUUUCAAUUUUUCUUGGUGGGAUUGCACUACUAUGCUGGCAUACAGCGAUGAAACCGCAUAUGAAAAUUCACUACUUGUACAAAAUUCAGGCGAAUUGGCGCUCUCUUCCAUGCGCAGCGUUUUCUCCUCGCUAACAACAAAUACUCGUGGCAUUUACAUGAUUAUUGUAAAGAAUCAACUGAAGAAUAAGGGCAAUCCCAAUUUUCAAGGUAUGUCCUUCAAGGACUUAUACUGGAGUUGCCGAGAAGCUUUCCUUGUCAGCUCCGAUUUGGCUUUGCGUGCACAACUCACCGAAUUUCUUGAUCAUAAAUUAGUGAAAUCGAAACGUAAUAUUGAUGGCUCCGAAUUGCUGAGUAUACCAAUUGAUGCGGCAUUGUUGCAACAAUUCUUGGAUGAACAAGAGAAGAAAACUUAAUUGCAGUUAGUGACAAUUGAGGUAGUUAAUUUAGGUUGUACAAAAGCAGCAGAAAAAUAUCAAAUUUGCGAUUAUCACAAAUACAUGCUUUGCUUAGUUACUUUGGAAAUCAGCGUGUGAGCAAAAAGUAAACGUUAUUUUAACGGUUAAGAGCGUUGUUGCUUUAUUGUAUUAACAUAUGAUCUAAUUACCUAUAAAUUCUUAUUAUUAUUCUUGUCCAAGUUUUUUAAAUUAUUUGUCUAUUGUUAAGUUUAAAGCGAAACAUUCAUGAAAUCAUAAAUAAAAGAUUAUUUAAAU